AUGCCCUCAAUGAUCACAGCCAAUAAAGAUAUAAAUGAUACAUUGGAUGAAAGAGUGGGUUCAACAAGAUUAUUCACCACAGAGAUCCUUUCUUAUUGUAAAAAUGCCAAUGAAGUUAGCCAUAUUCAAUUAGACCUUAUACAUAACAAGCUACAGAAGAAAACAGUUCCAGAAUUACAAAAAUUGAAACAAGAUCUGAUAAGGUCAUUUUCAGUCGCCAAAACACAGAUUGAUCAUUCAAAAUUAUACUAUAACAACAUACUCGAGGAUAAAGACGACUUGAAGAAACAACUUUCUGAAGAAACGAUUUCCAAAAAGAAGGAACAAUUGAUGAAGAAGUUAUUCACUUCAAAGAAGAAGAUUGAACAAUUGACCAAGAAAAAAUUGGAAGUUAGAGAGAUUAAUAGAAUAAUUGAUUCGUUUAGCGGUAUUCAAGAAUUAAGUUAUAAUGAAGAUCAACUGAAACAAAUAUUUGGUGAUCAGGCAGAUGCUAUAAAGAAUGCACCUGGAAUUUUGAAAAGGGCUUCUUUAGUCAGGGUGAAGAAGGAACAACCAGAUGUGAAAAUGGAGGAUAAAGAAGAGGAUGAAAAAAAGGACGAGAAAAAAGACGAUGGAUCUAAAAAAGAGGAGGAUAACAAAGUUGAAGAAUUUGAAACUAAAGAAGUUAUAAGAUAUGUUUUCAAAACUAAUUUAGCAAACUCUGUGGAGAAAUUGAAAGAAAUUCAAACACAAUUAUUAUCGAGUAUAGAGCAAUAUGAGAAAGAUAUCGACAGGAUCAAAAGAAGUUAUAUUGAAGAUGUUCAAAAGUUUGAAGCAAUUAAGAAGAUUUUGGAUCCUGCUAGUGUUGAUCAAGAAAAUGGAAUCGAUAAGGAGCAUCAUGAAGAUGAGGAUGUUGAGAUGGGCGAAGCUGAAGGAGAGACCCCUGAGGCUGUUGACGAGACUGUUGCUGAAGCAGGAGACCCAGAAGAUCACCAUAGUGAGGCAGAAAGUGAUAUUGGUGAUGAAGCGUAUAGAUGA